AAAAGGGGGCGUGGCGUGUGUUAGAAAGCGGAAGUAUAUUACAAGCGCAAGUAAAACACGCAGUCUAAUUUUCAAAUGACAGCGUCAAAACCCAAACUUAUUUUACUCUUCAGCGGAAAACGGAAGUCUGGGAAGGAUUAUGUGACCGAUUUAAUACAAAAAAGGUUGAGUCCAAAGCUGUGCUGCAUCCUUCGGCUUUCUGCUCCACUUAAAGAGCAAUAUGCACAGGAACACAUGCUGGACUAUGAGCAGCUGUUGGGAGCAGGACAUUAUAAGGAGCAGCACCGGGCAGAGAUGAUCAGCUGGGGGGAGAGACGAAGGCAAUGGGACCCGGGCUUCUUCUGUCGCAUGGUGGUGUGUGGAGUCACUCAACCUGUGUGGAUUGUGAGUGACUGCAGGCGCAUGUCUGAUUUGCAGUGGUUCCGGAGUGAAUAUCCACAGCAGUGUGUGAGCGUCCGAGUAGAGGCCUCUGAGCAAACCAGGGCUCAGAGGGGAUGGAUAUUCACUGCAGGAGUAGACGAUGCAGAGUCCGAAUGUGGUCUGGAUCAGGGAGUGGAUUUUGACUGGGUCAUAAGGAAUGACGGUCUUCUCGAAGCAGAGCUCGAGAGACUGUUGUCGUUAGCUAACGAGAAAACACUGGAGCAGCCACGUACACAAGAUUGUGUUAAAUGAAUUGGACAGUGAAGAAACCUGUGAAACAAAAGCCUGUCCUGUCAUUUUAGAACAUUCAAUUCAAGUUUAUUUCCAUAGCACUUAAAGCUAAUUUACACAAUGUAAUUGUAAAUUGAAUUAAAGAACAAAAAUUGUAAGUGUA